AUGAGCGUUAUCUUGGAGACUUCUUUGGGUGAUAUUGUUAUAGAUCUUUUGGUCGACACCUCCCCCAAAGCUUGCGAAAAUUUUUUGAAGCUAUGCAAGGUGAAGUAUUACAAUUUCUCGCCCGUUUACAACGUCCAGAAGAAUUUCUCCUUCCAGACCGGCGACCCAAUAGGCCCUAAUUCUAAAGAUAGCGAUGGCGGGUCUUCCAUCUGGGGCAUCCUCGACGGGCCUUCGCGAAGAACAUUUCCGAUCGAGUUGCCGCCCAAAAUGAAGCAUACAGAACGUGGCACAGUUAGCAUGGCUACGGUCCCUUCUACGAAAGACCCUGACGAGCGCCUUGCUGGCAGUCAGUUCAUCAUAACACUUGGAGAUAAUUUGGACUAUCUGGAUGGGAAAGCGGUUAUAUUCGGGAAGGUAGUGGAGGGAUUCGAUGUCUUGGAGAAAAUAAACGAUGCGUUCAUUGACGAUAAGGGACGACCGCUUAAAGAUAUCCGAAUUCGGCAUACUGUGAUCUUAGACGAUCCGUUUGAUGAUCCCCCGGACCUUGUGGUACCCCCUGAAAGCCCGCUCCCUUCAAAAGCCCAACUGGCAACAGUAAUGAUUGCGGACGAUGAAGAGUUGGACGAAAACAUCGACGAAGAGGCGGUGGAAAAGCUACGGCGGGAGCGGGAGGCUCGGGCGCAGGCGUUGACCUUGGAAAUGGUUGGGGAUUUGCCGUUUGCUGAGGUCAAGCCACCAGAGAACGUUCUUUUCGUCUGCAAACUCAAUCCUGUAACUCAAGACGAGGAUCUUCACCUCAUUUUUAGUCGCUUCGGACCAAUUCUUUCCUGUGAAGUGAUACGUGACAAGCGGACCGGUGAUAGUCUGCAAUACGCGUUUAUCGAAUUUGAGAACCAAAAGGACUGUGAACAGGCUUAUUUUAAAAUGCAAGGUGUUUUAAUUGAUGAUCAUAGAAUCCAUGUUGACUUCUCUCAAAGCGUUUCGAAACUGUCGGACAGCUGGCGGAAUGCAACAAAUUCCAAACGAGCUAGCCAACGGGGUGGGUUUGGGGGGAUAUCCAGCCUAGAGAAGAGGCGGCAAUACAGAGCUUCGGAGGCUCCUCGACGAGAUGAAUACGGGAUGAUAUUUCAUAAAGAUGAUAUGCGUAGGAAAGGAGAUACUGAAUCCUACAGGCGUUCACGGAGUCGAAGCCCAUCCAGGCGACAUAGGCAUAGGAGCAGGUCUCCUCCGCGCCGCCGCUCUGGCGAUGACAACGACGCGCUAUACAGACGGAGUAAAGACUCAUCGAGACACACGUAUGAAAGUGGGAGGCAUAGGCGGUGA